AUGGGAAACGCACAAGGUGGAAUGAACAACAACCCAUACGGAUUUUUAGGAAAAAAGGAUGAUAAAGAUAAAGGAAAAGACAAAGAUAAGAAAAAGUUAGAAAGUACACCCCCCUCGCAUAUAGGAAAAAGAAAGAAAAAAAAAAAAGGAGCUACUGGACAUUCAAAAUUACCUACUGUUACACCUAAUACAAAAUGUAGAUUAAAACUUCUAAAGUUAGAAAGAAUAAAAGAUUACUUAUUACUAGAAGAAGAAUUUAUUACAAAUCAAGAACAAAUAAAAACUACGGAUGAUAAGAAUUAUGUAAAAUUAAAAAUUGAUGAUUUAAGAGGUUCACCAAUGAGUGUUGGUACGUUAGAAGAAUUAAUUGACGAGAAUCAUGGUAUUAUUGCCACUUCAGUAGGACCAGAAUAUUAUGUAAAUAUAUUAUCAUUUGUUGAUAAAGAUUUAUUGGAACCUGGAUGUUCUGUUUUAUUAAAUAAUAAAACGAAUAGUGUUGUUGGUAUAUUAUUGGAUGAAGUUGACCCAUUAGUUUCAGUUAUGAAAGUUGAAAAGGCUCCUUUAGAAUCCUAUGCCGAUAUUGGUGGCUUGGAAUCGCAGAUCCAAGAAAUUAAAGAAGCUGUAGAAUUACCUCUAACACAUCCAGAAUUAUAUGAAGAUAUUGGUAUUAAACCACCUAAGGGAGUUAUAUUAUACGGUCCACCAGGCACAGGAAAAACUCUUUUAGCAAAAGCUGUAGCAAAUGAAACAUCGGCUACUUUUUUAAGGGUAGUAGGAUCAGAAUUAAUACAAAAAUAUUUAGGAGAUGGACCUAAGCUUGUUAGAGAAAUGUUUAAAGUUGCUGAAGAUCAUGCACCAUCAAUCGUUUUUAUUGAUGAAAUAGAUGCUGUUGGUACCAAAAGAUAUGAAGCAACUAGUGGAGGAGAAAGAGAAAUCCAAAGAACUAUGUUAGAACUAUUAAACCAGUUAGAUGGUUUUGAUUCAAGAGGAGAUGUUAAAGUUAUUAUGGCAACCAAUAGAAUUGAUUCCUUGGAUCCAGCUUUAAUUAGACCAGGGAGAAUAGACAGAAAAAUACAAUUACCAAAUCCGGAUACCAAGACAAAAAGAAGAAUUUUUCAAAUUCAUACAAGCAAAAUGACCAUGUCACCAGAUGUUGAUUUAGAAGAAUUUGUAAUGUCAAAGGAUGAGUUAUCUGGUGCAGAUAUUAAGGCCAUAUGCACAGAGGCAGGUCUCUUAGCGCUUCGAGAAAGAAGAAUGAAAAUUACACAAGUCGACCUUCGCAAAGCAAGGGAUAAAGCUCUAUACCAGAAGAAGGGAAACAUACCAGAGGGUUUGUACUUGUGA